UUGCAGUAUCCUUAUUUUGAUUUGGGGAAGCCUACCUUUUGUUUCCAGAAAGGCCGCGAUGAAUCUCUCGUUGAUGCACAUCUAAAGGCAGAGAAAAACGCCAAACCUCAGAAUCCUUCUGCUACCGAGGAAAGAGUGCCAUUCGACCGUGAAAAGGAUAUGGGAGGUGGUGGCAAGAAGAUGUCACUUGAAGAAGUGAGAGAACGUGCUGGGAACCUCAGCUCUCGUUUUGCGUCAGGAACCAGUCAGAAGUUCCUUUAA